AUGAAAUUAUUCGUGCAUAGAUGGUUUCGUCGACGAGAAUGCAAAUUAUUGGCGAUUGGACAAACAGUACUAUUUAUUGUUCACAGUAUAGCUAUUGUAGCUUUAACUUCUCAUCUUAGCCGUUGUGCUUAUAUGCAAGGGCCAGGAGCUUACGCAGUACGUGAAGAAAAACCUCUUAUCCCACACAAUAUACACUCAAGAAAUGCAGAAUGUGCAACACGCAUAGAAACGGUGCCAUGUCACGAAGACUGGAAACCAUUAGAAACUCUUAAACGUGAUUUUCAAGUUUUAAAGCCGUGUAUGGGUUUAAUGGGUAAUCCAAUAGAACGUGUAUCCAAACAAAAUCAUGUUUAUUACUCAUUCAUGGCUUCUAACUUUUCAUUAUAUAUGAAUAAAAUAGUCCGUGCGCAAGAUCUCAUCGUAAGAUGCCCUGUUUGCAUUAAAUCUGAUAAACAUACCCACUUUUCAAAAAAACAUUUUUACACAGUUUGUUUUCGAUAUGUGCAUACUGUGCAACUUGGAUGGCCAGAUGAUGUAGCUCUAUGUGAGCUGCAUGCAGAGGAAGUCACAUGUCACUUUGCAGAAGUAGAUCGCAAAAAGCGCACAGAAUUGUGA